AUGUUAACGAUACAAGUACGAUCAAAUAUUAUUAGAUUAUUAUGUAAUCAAAAUAAAGUAAAGUUAAGAGAUCUAUUUUAUUUGGCGAGUGUAUCUAAACAGAUACGUAAUACUGUCAAGAAAUGUGUUGGUAGAAGAUUCAAACUAAGAUUCAACCCAUUCAACGAAUCAAUACAAGAUUGUAGACUUCAUAUUGACAAUCCACUAUGUCUGUUUGAUCACGUACACACACUAGUCAGUAGUAUGAGUACAAAGUUGAAUGAACACAACCGUGAUCUAAACAUUCAAUACAUUCAAUCAAACCUCGAAUGGUUUCAAUCGUCAUUUAUCAAUAGAGUUGAAUCAAUUGAAACAGGCUAUGUACAAGAGAUUUCACUUGAAUGGUUUAAUCUAUUGUUGAAUCAACCAAGAAGACAACAAGUCAAGUUAACUAGAGAGGAAGGAGAAGGAGAAGGAGAAGGAGAAGGAUCGUCGAUACUACUACUGCCACAACUACAGUCAUUAGAAAUGCACCUUUAUCCAGUCAUAUCUCCAAUUGUACCACAACCUUUUCCACAGCCUUUUAUCACGUUGGAGAUCUUACCGGAAUAUUAUCAGCAUCUUUUACAACUACAAAUAUAUAUAUACUCAGCUGGCCACCUUGCAAUCGACAAGAUUAUAAAGGUGUUGGAGUAUUGUAAAGAAACAUUGGAACGAUUAGAACUCUUUGUAAACGAUCCCAAAACAGACCUCGCUCUUAUCGAAAAUCCAAUCUUUUUGAAUGCCCAAACUAGUUUGGUUGCAACAGGACUGACCAACAUUAUAUUGGAUUAUACUCUACCAAGUACCAUUAAAAAGUUAAAACUGGUACUUCCCAAGCCGAUGUAUAGUACCGUCACAAGUUGCUAUCUACCAUCAUUAACAAGUCUAGUCAUUGUACACAAUGACACUCACCGUCAAUUCCAUGGAGUUUUAUCUUGGGACUAUCUUGCUGAACUUGCCAAAACUAGUCCCCUCAUACGAAAGAUAAAGAUAUCUAUCUUUACAUCAUCCUAUACAAAGUUUAUAGACUCUAGUAAUAUCGUACAUUUAUUUGAUGUCAUCAUAAACAAAAGUAUUCAUUUUAACAGAUUAAUCAUUGAAAGUUUUCAACCAACUGUUCACUCUGCUCUAAAAGAUAUUUAUUUGGAUUAUUUAAAUAAUAAUAAUAAUAAUAAUAAUAAUAACUCUUCUUCUUAUCCACUAUUGUUAAUUCAAAAAGAUCAACAAUCAACAUUCACCAAUUAA